GUGGUUGUUGUGCUUGCAAACGACACUUGCCCUAAGUCUGUCAGAGGCUAUGGGGGGAGGGGGGAAUUGUCUUUGCAGUUCCACGGGGGACGCAGUUUGCCGCGGUCCCUCGCUCUCACCGCCACUUCCAGUUCACGAGCGCGCAGGGAAACUCCCGCGGGCAUCGACAACUUCGUUUCGAACAGAAGCGCCACCGCAACUCUCCUCACUGAACGCCUCUCCUCACUGAACGCAUACCUGCAACCGGCUAUCACAAAGACGUCUCAGAGACGGGCUUCGUCUGCCAGCCAGGGGCGAUAUGAGCUGGACGUGACUGCACGUGGCCUGUGAUCCAGCAGUGGAGGCAGCGAGGGUUGGUGCGAGCACGGAGGAAGACCUCGGCGUGGUCACGUCACGAGCCAUGGGGGCAGACGAGGACGAGGACGCCAUCGCCAGCGGAGCGAUCUUCGCCGUGGAGAGUGUGGACGGAGCUGUUGGGGGGCCGCGGAUCGAGGCGGUGCUGCUGCACCAGCGGCCCGCGCUGGCCGAGGCGUGCGCGCUCCUCCUGCAUGAGCAGUGGGGCUGGCUGAGCGUGCAGGCGCGCCUCGUGUCACUGCAGCGCUCCUCCCACGCCUUCCCCCUCUCGCUCGUGCUGCUCGCUGCGUGCCCGGCGGGGGGCACCACCCCCCAGGUGCUGGGCCACAGUAAGCUCUCGCUGGUCGUGGGCGAUGGGGCCGGCGUGCUUGCCGAGUCUGUGCUCAUCGCGCCAGCUCACCGUGGCCAGGGCCUCGGCCGGCGGCUCAUGGAGGAGACGGAACGCUACGCACGCUCGCGCGGGAAGCACCGCCUCUUCCUCAGCACCCCCGACAAGCAGCGCUUCUAUGCCCACCUGGGCUACGCGCCGUGCCAGCCCGUGACAGCGGCACGGGCUGUCAACCGCCUGGUCGAUGCCCGCUUCAUGGAGAAGCUGGUGCACCACUCGCCCGAUGGUCACCGUUGGAGCCCACGCGAGUCGCCCCCUGGAUCCGGGGCGGCGGCAGUGGCAGACGAGGAGGGGGGGGUGCUCGGCGAGGAAUCGCCAGCACCACUACCAGCACCAGCACCUCCACUACCAGCACCUCCUCCUCCACUAACACCACUACCACCACCCCCACCACCCCCACCAGUACCACUACCAGCAACAGCAUUGCUACCAGCACCUCCUCUGCUACCAGCACCUCCACUUCCACCACUACCACCAGCACCAGUGUCACCAUUACCAGCUUGUCCACCAUUAGUGCCACCAUCACUACCACUAGCGUUAACACCACAACCACUGCUAGCACCACCAACGGGAUUACCACUACACCGGCUCACACCACCACUACCGCCUCCUCUUCCUUCAUCCAUCAGCUGCGCCAAAUUUGGCAGAGCCACCUUUGGCUAUGGCACCAUCAGUCUUUCCCCGUCUCCUGCUUGCACCAGGAGUGGGCUUGCCGUGCCGUCCUGGCAGCGGAUCGCUGGCCAGGCUUCGCCGCCUAGCUCCUCCGCGAGCGCGCCACUGUCAUUCACUCCCGGGCAGCCCCAGACACUUGACUCAACGCCGUACCGCGACGCAAAGGGUCUGCCCGUCGUGUGGAUGAUGAAAAAUAUUUAACUGUCCCUUUUCCCUUUUAGUGUAAAUCAGUCACCAAGCAGAUGCCCUCAUAGGCCUGUACUGCAAUGUAGGCUGCGACAAAACAGACAAUUGAAGCAAGUCUCAAGGUGAAGAGGUCAUUACGGCCAAUGUUGCUCGGGCAGUCGCAUCUUGUCAGUGGCUUGACUGUUGUUAACGCAGACUGUGCAAUGGCACCAGGACCUAUAGACGAGAGUGGCCCAAGUGCUGGACUAUGAAGAAUGCAGAAAUUGGACAGGGAUAGGGCCCCCCGUUUCAUUCCUUACGCCAGGGCCGGUGCCAUCCACGCUACACGUCGCCAUCACUUUGCUCCACAACCGUUGCGAUAGUGGUCACAGGAAAACCACAGUGCCCUCUCUCUGAAUCGCACCAUUUGGCUUAUGGCUUCUCCUUGGUCACCGACGUCCGGGUGUUAAGAGACAGCUGACGAGCUUCUUGGCUCGAGAAGACCGAGGGAUUUGUAUGAGAGGUGUUGGGGCCUUGCAGGUAAUCUGCAUUCUAGAAGCCUAGCCAUCAUCGAAUCGAGCCCGAUGGUGCCUGAGUAAAAUUAAACCAAAGCUGCCCUGUUGGUCAUGUGACUGUGUACGAGUGUGCUUUUGCAUGGUGCUGCAUGAGGUGGAUGGCUGGCUCAUUGGGCUGAGAGGCCUGUGGUUGCUGUGCUUCUUGCCUUUGGAAAUCCAUCCCGAGUCAUUACGGAUGCAGCAGGCACAGUCGAAUCUGAAAAGUUGAAAUCAAAGAAUCGCCAAACUGCAACGAUAGUAAAACUCAAACCAUCACUCACAUCCCCGACGAGUGCGCCAUACAUGCACACUCGGGCGAUAUCACUGCAAUACAUACAGCAUCUACUGCCACCUUGCAUUGGUUGAUGGACCUUAACAUUGAGCUAUGACAUCUAUAAAAAAAAAACUUGCUUUCCCCCCCAUUCCAUAUGAAAGAAGAAUAAUGCACACCUGCAUACUUGACUGCAUUGCUCAUCCUUGAGCUGGGUUAAUUGUCCAGCGGUUUUUCUCUUUGUCAGUUUUAGUUUUGUUAUUGUAAAACACCCUGGGUUGAGCGGCAUAAUGGCACUCAUAAAAGCAAUGUUUUGUUUUCAAUCUUGGAUAUGUUUAAUGUAAUGCAAUGUUUAGUUAUAUAUAACGUCGCCGUCGUUCUUCCAAAUUACAUCUCUCGCAAUCGCUGAGGAACCACAGGCAGAGCUGGAAGGCAGCAUCAAUCAGUUUGUGAGAAAGCUGGCGUGACCAACAAUUCCCAAGCUCUGGUAGAGUCCUCUAUAUAUUAAGGCAUUUUCAGACAAUAAGCGUGGGAGAAAACCUGAGCACAUGGAAAAACUCGUCGCCUGCGAGGGAGAAACACUAUCCCAUACAGAAGGUACAGAUUAUAUCAGUCCGAACUUUGACCGUGUUCUGGCGAGUCGGGGUACAGCACCUCCUCGAAACCCAUCGGAAGGAGGUUUUGCAACAUUUGUUUAAUCCACCAAUCCAAGCUGACUGCCAAUUUCUAGACUAUAUGCCACGUGCAUAGCCACCACCACCCGAACAACUUUAGGGAGCCGCACUUGAUUCCUGGUUACAGGUUUCAAUCUCUUGUCGGUCGCAAAUCCUGUUUCAGGCUGAUGAGCAAUUACUGCCACAACAAAGAUUUUUAUGUUUAAUUUGCAUUUAUAUGCAUGUGAGCUUUAAUUCCGUACGUCUUGAGAAUGCAGGCCAUAAGGGGAAAAGAGGCACCUUGUUUUGAAAGAUGAGCCCUUAAACAAUGCGUGCCAUUUGACACGAUAUCUUUCAUUUGCUUUGCAGUGUAUGUGAUGUUUCCAG